GACUGAAGCAUAAGCCAUCUGCAAGCCAUGCUGGUGUGUCUGCAAGCAUGAUGAAGAAAAGGACUUCCCACAAAAAACAUCGGAGCAGUGUGGGGCCGAGCAAACCUGUUUCCCAGCCCCGGCGGAACAUCGUAGGCUGCAGGAUUCAGCAUGGGUGGAAGGAGGGGAGUGGCCCUGUCACCCAGUGGAAAGGAACCGUUCUGGACCAGGUGCCUGUAAAUCCUUCUUUGUAUCUUAUAAAAUACGAUGGAUUUGACUGUGUUUAUGGACUAGAACUUAAUAAAGAUGAAAGAGUUUCUGCGCUCGAAGUCCUCCCUGAUAGAGUUGCGACCUCUCGAAUCAGCGAUGCACACCUGGCCGACACGAUGAUCGGCAAGGCGGUAGAGCACAUGUUUGAGACGGAGGACGGCUCCAAGGAUGAGUGGAGGGGGAUGGUCCUAGCACGUGCCCCCAUCAUGAACACAUGGUUCUACAUCACCUACGAGAAGGACCCUGUCUUGUACAUGUACCAGCUCUUAGAUGAUUAUAAAGAAGGCGACCUUCGCAUUAUGCCCGAUUCUAAUGAUUCUCCUCCAGCAGAAAGGGAACCGGGAGAAGUUGUGGACAGCCUGGUAGGCAAACAGGUGGAAUAUGCCAAAGAGGACGGCUCUAAAAGGACUGGCAUGGUCAUUCAUCAAGUGGAGGCCAAACCGUCUGUCUAUUUCAUCAAGUUUGAUGACGAUUUCCAUAUUUAUGUCUACGAUUUGGUGAAAACAUCCUAGAUGUCAUCAUGAACUUGGCCAAAUUUGUGGAACUAUUAAAUGUAUAAUUUGUAGACAUAAAGACUUGAUUGCUUUCCAGUUUAAUGAAAGCUUAAAUGUCCCUGCGAACCCACAAUCUCUGCCAGCAGAACUGGUUUUGUUCUGAAUAGUACAGAUUUAUGUGAACACAAAGCAUUUUGUGUAAGGAACUCCUUCCUCUUAGGAGAAGUCUCUGUGUCUGGAGGGGAGUUAGGGCAAGUUUGGUAAAGUUAAGCUAGCGUCGCGGUCGUGUAGACUGGACUGGAUCGCGCCCAGCUCCCCGGCACUGUAGUUCUCCCCGUCUGCUGCCACACUGCAAGCUUAGUCUGGUACUGUUGGUACCGCCUUCUUUGUUGAGACGUAUGCACCUCGCUCUCCCUGUCCACAUCUGUGUGUGUCCAUAAGCACCACACACACACACACGCGCACAUGCACGCACACACACACACUUCCUUGGCAGUCCGUUCUCUGUGGAUUGGGGCGGGGGUUCAGUAAUACUCUCCAGUUAACAGGAGUGCUUGUCCUGAGUCAGUCCGAUUUCGUAUAUUACUGCUGUUUAUUUAAAAGUAAAUGUGGGCACAGGAGACACAUAGGGACGUGCGGCGUGUUUUGGAAGUCAGAAGUUCAGACACCUUUUUAGUCUGGAGGCAUUAAACCAUGAGUCCAAAUAGGAAUCAUUUGUGAACAGUUGCUGGACCCACAUUAGAAUUUAACAAAACAGUUAGGAAUCUGGGUAAAAAGCUGCCUUUAAUUUCUAAGCUUUGUAAAUUUUUGUUUACAUUUUUUAUCCUAAGUACUUUUUUUGUUUUAAAGCAAAGCCCAGGUACUUGGUCCACAUGGUGUGAUGCUGGUGUGUUUUGGACGGCACAACUGGUCCGUUAAUUUGUACAUCGGCAGUCUGGAUUCUAGCGCGUGGAUUUGAGAGGCAACAGUGCAUCAGUGGUUUGUGUGUAUGUGGUAAGUUCCUGGCAGAACCUAGUGCUUUGAUAUUAGAAAUACAAGUUUGGGAGUGGCGUUGCUGCCUUCUGACAAGUUCUCUGGGACACUUUUAUUUUUAUUACUGUUCUCACUGAUACAUGGUUGUGGUCAGAAGGCUUUUCCCCACAGAGAAUAUCUAGACACGUAACAGCCUGCAUCCCCUGACCCCUUCUGUGGUGCUGGGCGGUCUCGGCUCCCCGUGUGCUGCUGACGUGGACUCUUCCGUCAUCGCGCUAGCUUCUGGGUGUGACUGUGGCCCUGGGCCACGCAGCCCUUUUGUGGCUUGCUCCUGCGAGGUUGUUUUGACCGAAGUAGAACCAUAGACGUGGUUGGGGUGGUGGCGACAUGGCCAUCUGUCACUUUGUUUUGGAUGAGUCCUGAUGGUUUGAAAGCCAGGAGAGAGGGAGGACGGGGAUCCAGUCUCUUGUGGAGAUGGGAAAGCUUGCCUCAGUGUCAGGCAGAAGGCUGAAUGCGCACGUCGUCAGCCAACUACCAGCAGUCCGUGUGGCCUCUGUCGUGGCUGUGCUCAGUAUUGGAGAUUCUGUCGUUGGUGACCUCACUGCGCGUGGUCCGAGUGGUGCCCCGCUUCGCCUUCCGGAAGGCUGUGCACUGUCAUGCUGUUGGAUGGUGACCUCGCGCUCGAGAAGUGCAGCGCCUCACCUCGGGCGGCAGGGGGAGCUUGUCCGGCUCUGCGCUCCCCCCGCGGUGAGUGCUGGUCUCACGCUGCUCCUGCUCGAACAGGCGUCGUGCCGCACGUCUGUCUGGCUCUGGUCAGGGUCCCUGCAUGCCAGUCUCCAGGCUGAGCCCGGCUCCCCGAGCGCAGGCGAAUGCGUGUGCCCCGAGAGUGGGGGCGUCUGGCGUGUGCACUGUGCGGACGUGGCGCAGUGGCUUCGGACUGAAAACCAGUGUUCUUUGGGAGUAUCCUGAGGGUUGGGCAGUGGAAACCUUUGCAGCCUCACUUCAUGACUUGCGUUGUGGUUUUCCUGCGAGUUCCUUUAGCACCUUCAACACCACAUGGUCUGCCACUCUCCAGGUGAAUGUGACACGUUACGAUCACCAUUAUUUUCAUCAUUGUUCCAUUUGUUGCCUUUAGGGCGGAAGGAAGGGGAAGGGGCUUUUUGUUGUUUUCCUUUUUUCCCCUGUUCUCUUUUCUUUUGGUGGCUUAACCCACACUUGCGCGGUGACUGAUUCCACUCCCUCGCCCGGUACUUCAGGCUUCGUUCUAGGCUCACGUUUCAGAUCUGCAUGCAUUGCUUGCCUUUUCCUGGUAUCAGAAUGUUGGUUCCUUGUUCGAGGAGCCCAACAUGAGUUUCCAAAAUUACCAUGGGACUUGUGAGUGCACAAGCCCUGAACCUGUAUAAAAUGUCCCGGCCUUUCUCACUGACCUGCUGUCGUGUUCCCGUGUUGUGUGCGUGUGACGUCCGGCUGCCACGUGAAGCUUCCGAGGAGAACCUUAAACGCAGACCAUCCUUUUUUGCAUGCUCUAUUCUAAGUAGGAUGUUCAAUGUAACUAACUGAACUUGCAUGUGGAAGAUAUUUAGGUUUUUUGUUUUCUAUCUUUGUUUUUAUUUGUUUUCAGUUCUCUGUAUAUUGCUUCCUGUGCCGUUGUAGUGGUCGUAGGAUGAAAAUGCGCUGGUGGCCCCACGCAGUGCCGGCAGAGGGUGGUUCCCCAGCUCUGUCUGUCGUGCAGCAUUUGAAGGGACUGUGCAUGCUCGAAGCGCUCGCAGUCACCUCUAAGCCAGAGUUCAUUCCUGUUCCUCUUUUACGUGCCAAACCCCGAAGUGCAUUGGGCUCGAAUCUCUGAGCGCUCUGGACCCAUUAGAAGACUGUUCUGAUUGUCACAAAUUGUAGUGCCUGAAAACAUGCGUAAGCUGAUUGUCUUAAAAAAAAAAAGAAAGAAAGAAAGAAAGUUCUCCAAAGACAAAACAGGAACAAUUAUUAUAACAAAUAAUUAUGGUCGAAAUGUCUGUGGUUCCUUGGAAAUGCUGCGCUUUUUGUAUUUCCACCAUUAGUGCGGUGUGAGCGGAUGUGUAUAGUUCAGAGGUCUUCGUGUUCGCAUCUUACAAUUAGGUAAAUGACCUCAUCUUUCAGGCUUGAAUUCAUUUUUAAUUUUAAUUUUAUUUUAUACAAUGUGUAGACCGUUCCCUGUUCUCUGCAUUUAGAAGUAUAAACAAUAUAAAUCUGUUAAUUCUGUAAGUAAUUUUUAUAAUUAUGAUGUAACUCUAUCCUAUCCUUAAAACAUUUAAAAUAAACCCUUUAUGUGCAACUUCUGACUGUAAA